CCUCGUAAGCACACGGUGACCCACUGACCCUGGUUGGCCCGGCCAUCGCGCUGCUCCGACGGCCAUCGAGCGCAAACCGUCUUGCUCCCAGCCGCGCGGCCGCAGAGGCAGAUGCCUGGAAAAGAACCCCCGAGAAGGUGAGGAGGGUAUCCAGCGGAAAGGGGUGGGGAGAAGAGAUGGUCUGGGCGCUGACCCCCGUCGACACCGUGCGUGGGACGCAGAAGUGCUACAUCUUUGCCGCCGGGACGUACAAGGUCGGCCGCAAAGAUUGCGAUGUCAUUGUUCAAACGGACACAUCUAUAUCCCGAGUCCAUGCGGAAAUUACGAUUGAAAAGAUGGUUGCCUGGGAUCCACAUUGUGGUGCACCUGCCAGUCCUUCAUAUGUUCGUGUAGUUGACCGCUCAAAGUAUGGCACGUUUGUCAACAAAGUACAGGGGACCCAGGGCAGUAGGCUACAUAAAGAUGAAGAUGUGAUGCUUGGUGAUGGGGAUACUGUGACUUUUGGAACUGGAAACGCAACCUUCAGGUUGUCAUUUGUCCCCAUUGUGGUCUUUUUUCAUGGCAGAAAGUCAGCUCGAAUUGAUCCAUCAUUGCAGGCUGUCAUGACAUCAAUUGGUGCAUAUGCUACUCGUAAGUGGAGUGAUGAAUGUACACACGUUCUUAUUGAUGAAUCAUGUCCGUUGACACCUGAGCUCCUCGAUGCAGUUGUGGAAAAGAAGCAGAUCAUAUUUGGAGACUGGUUUAAGGCGAUGGCUGAGAAGAACAUUCACACUGAAAUCCCUUCUUGUACACAAUACAUUCCAAACUUGACUCUUGAUGGGACAGUAAUCAAGAUGGUGGAGGUCAAGAUCAUUCAGAAUAGCCUAGCAGGCUAUACUUUUAUCCUGGGAUCAAUAGAUAAGUAUAAAUUUGGAGAGAAACUCCAUGCAUUACUGGAAUCAACAGGAGCAAAAUAUCUCCAUAUCGACGAUUUUUGUGCUAACAGCCAGGACUCGGGAGCUGGAGAUACUGAUCAACAAAUUCUUGUAGUUCCAGCAAGAUAUCCUUUGGAAUUCAGCAAGAUACGUGCACUGUUUCCUUUGUCAAAGAUCAGUGAUGUUAAGCUAUUUGCUGCUAUGUUGUCUGGUCGCUUGGAAGCUACUGCUAUUGAACCACCUGCAUACAUUGUGACAUCCUCAAAUUCGACGGAUGAAACUAUUGUGGCGGAUUCUGAUGCUGAAAUUGAGACUGCAACUUCUGUUCCUACUGUUGCUGCUAGCAAGCCUCAACAUCAGGUUGAGCAUAUCUCUGAUGAUAUAAAGGAAACCACAAAUACAACCAGUGAAGAUGCUGUAACUUUGGGAGGAACAAAGGCCAAUGUUAAUCGUCAAAAAGACCCAGAGAAAGUUGAAGUAUCAAAAACUAUAGAGGAUGAUGUUAAGGUCACAGAGAAAACAACAAUAUAUAGGUUCAAAGCUAGAGAUGAAGAUGUUCGUGUUAUAAACAAGGUGCCAAAGGAUAAAAACUUGGACACGUGCAGGGAUGGGACUUGUGAUGUCAUAUUUAGUCAGGAUCUGGUUGUCAAAAGCUUCCCUCGUUCAGCUCCUGCUACAUCAACAGAAGUUGGUGGCAUUAACUUCAAACGCUUUAGAAAGAGGGAAACAGUAUCUGGUAACAGCUUCAAGGACCUUGUUCCAUUUGCACGAGAACCAUACAGAGAAUCUGACCAUGAACGCGGCACAUUAAUCGAUUUCAUGCGGGAGGAGAAGCAGCGGAAACAAAUGGAAGCCAUUGCAGAGGACCUCUUCAACAAUGCAAAGUCGAAGAAAAGGGCAGCUGCUGGCAGUUCGAUUCAGACCCUACUUACCGGCCGCAGAUGAAAGCCAGGAGAAAAUCACCAGUAUAUGUGCUCCGACUGAUUCUUUGUUCGGAGGUCUAGAGAACUGCAUGUUUAUUUGCUAACCAAAGCAACGGCUAUCUUCGUGGUCCCUUCAAUUCUCCAAUUUACUGAAGAUUUUCUGGAGGCAAGAGAAGCCGGCGUUUCUCCCAGGGUUCUUUUCUCACCACGGCUAGAGAAGGUGGUUUAGUGUAGGUAAAGAUAGGAAAGGCUGUGUUAGAUAUGAACUGUAUCUGAGGGCAAGUCACCUCUGAUUUUGUCAUUGCAUGUUGGAUAUGUUUAACAUGAUCUUCCAGAAUUUGAGCAAUUAUCAGUUCUCACUUCUCA